AUUUCAGAUUUUAUUACAAUAUGGCUCCGACCCGGAGUAUUAUUGGAUUUUUGAAUCCAAAAGCUUUUAGUGCGGUUUUCAAUAGUAAUAUAUCAAAAACGUCUUGCCGGUUCGUUCACAGAUGUAAUUGCAAUCAUUUGCUAGGAAGCCCUGCAAUUUCGGUUGCGGCUUUGAGUCCUAAAAAUUUCAAAAAUAACUUCGAUGGUCUAAGACAUCGAAGCUUUCACACUACGAACAGCUUAUACUCUAGAAUUGAUUACUAUAAAGUCCUCGGAGUCUCGAAGAAUGCGUCUACCAAAGAUAUCAAGAAAGCCUACUACCAGCUAGCAAAGAAGUAUCACCCUGAUGCAAAUAAAUCAGAUCCAGAAGCUUCGAAGAAGUUCCAGGAGGUCUCUGAAGCGUACGAGAUCCUUUCUGAUGAAAACAAGCGUAAACAAUAUGAUACAUUUGGGACAACAUCUGAUGACAUGGGCAUGGGAGGCCCAGGAGGCACAGACGGCUUCACACACCAAUGGCAGUAUAAGUCCACCAUAGACCCUGAGGAGCUGUUCCGCAAGAUAUUUGGUGACGCUGGUUUCAAAAGUGAGGCAUUCAGUGAUUUUGCUGAAAGCCAGUUUGGUUUUGGUGCUUCUCAGGAAGUUAUAGUUAAUUUGCGAUUCACGGAGGCGGCUCGUGGCGUAAACAAAGACAUUAAUAUAAAUAUUGUUGACACUUGUCCUAAAUGCUUGGGGACUAGAUGUGAGGCUGGUACAAAGUCUAUCAAGUGCACCUAUUGUAAUGGCACAGGAAUGGAGACAUUCUCAAGAGGCCCAUUUGUAAUGCGCUCUACAUGUAGACAUUGCCAUGGAACAAGAAUGCUAAUUAAGUUUCCUUGUGUUGAGUGUGAAGGAAAGGGACAGUCUGUACAACGCAAAAAAAUUACAGUACCGGUCCCAGCUGGCGUAGAAGACGGACAGACAGUUCGUAUGUCGGUUGGGAGUUCAGAGAUUUUUAUCACGUUCAAAGUGGAGAGCUCUAGUUACUUCAAACGGGAUGGACCAGAUGUUCAUACUGAUUGCAGUAUCUCGAUAUGCCAAGCACUACUGGGUGGUACCGUGAGGAUACAGGGGCUGUAUGAAGACCAUACAAUACAGAUUGUUCCAGGCACAUCGUCUCACAGUACGAUUAGACUUUCGCGGAAGGGGAUGAAACGUGUCAGUCAGCACGGCUACGGCGAUCAUUACGUCCAUGUUAAGAUACAGGUACCAAAGUCACUAAGCGAGAAGCAGAAGGCCCUUAUUUACGCGUAUGCAGAAUUGGAAGAGGACACGCCCGGACAAAUACACGGAGUUUCUUACGAUAGAGAUGCAACUACACAAAAAAGCGGUAGUCCAAAAGACACCCAAACAAUUCACGAGGCAAAUCGCGAAUCCGACGCACGGGAUAAACCAGUGUGGACUUUCUUAGAUAGCAUGUUUGACGCUUUCGAGAGGAACAGAGCUACGUUUCUCAUAGGAUUUUUCUCCUCUAUUAUUGCCUUUUUAAUUUUUGCUUCGAACGAUAUUAAUGAUAGAGCCGGAAUGCAAAGGUAUCUUGAUGAGAGUGAUAGGACUCAUAAAGAUGAGCGAUAUAGGGAUGUGCCUAUGGGGUAUAGCGACACGAUUCGCAAACAGAGAGAACAGAAUCCUGAGUUAUACGAGGCUUGAAUAGUGUCAGGGAACUGUUAUAACACUACACCCAGCAUUAAGCUACGCGACGAGUGUCGAGUGAGUUCAAAUCGUGUUAAUUUUUACGACUACUAGAUACCAUACAAACAACACUAGUCGCUACGUAGCGUAUUUCAGAUAAUAGAGAAGUAAGAUUUUAUCUUCUAUUCCUAUUAAAAAGGUGUAAUCAAUUAUAUCCCAAUUCACAUAGUUAUUGUUUUAAUCUUAUGUGGCAAGAAUUAUUAAUAAUCGACCGCGCGAUUAUAAGUCAAAAAAAAACUAAUUUUCAUAAAUUCCCUGCGAUGCGUAACUUAAAGUGAGAGUCUAUAGAAGUUACAAGUGCAAAUGAUUGAAUUGAACAAUGAAAUUAUAAUGAAACAAAAAUAAUUACUUACAAACCAAAUGGUUAUCCCAUUAAAUUCUCACCAAAUGUUGAGUCCAUUAUUGCUUUAAUAUCCCCUCGUUUGAUUGGCUGAUACUGCCCCUGUGAUUUUGUGAUCUAGCACAAUCCUGCAGAAUUCACGAGACUAUUUGCGAGACCUAAAACUAAAUUAAGUUUUAAGUUCGAACUAGAAGGUAGCCAUUGCGCCAUCCUAAACGAGAGAUUCAUGUAAAAUAUCAAAAAUGCCUCUUAAGACGACGUGAUAAAAAUGCAAACAAACUUUCCCGUGAACUGCUUACGAUAGAUCUGUGAUGUGCUUAUAUCAGAGAAUCUUAUUGAUUUCAUAGGUUAAAUUUCUCAAACCCAAAGAUAAACUACAUUUUCGCAUACUUAAAAAGAAAUUAGAAGGAAUAAAUACUAAGUCAGCUUAAAAAUUUGCAUUAUUUUAAAACAUCGGUCACUUUUAGUUGUUGAUAGACUGGACAUUUAACAAAACAAGAAUUUAUCUAUAAUGAUUAAUGCUCAGAGUUGUAUAGAUUAACGAUCGGUUAAAAAACCACGCAAUCACAUCAAAUAGCCAGAUUGAUUCACCGUUAUCCGUAACGUUGUCCUUUUCUUUCACAUGCAACGCUUGUUUACAUUCUUUAUGACGUCUUAUUAUAAUAAGGUAUGGAUAUUUCAUUAUUAUGAGAUCAUAAGUAGGUUCGAUUUGAUGCUAGACCUAUCGUAAACUUAUCAAAAUGUAUUUAUCUACUCCCAUUUAUCUUAUUUCCAACAAUAAAACACCCAACAAACAUAAUAUCAUCCAAGCGUAUGAUAUAAUGUUGAACUAAAUUUCAUAAUAACACUGCUUUGUUACUUUUUCGAUCUUUCGGUGUAAAGAAGGGGUGUGGGUGGUCUACAUGAAUUUCAAGAAAAUAACAUAUUAAUAAAUAAAUAUUGUCAUUCACGCACGUAUCACAACCGGAUCGCUGCAAGGUUACUAGGACUGGCUGUUUUAAUGUUAAAGUAACUGUUUCCGAAUCUUUUUAGAGGAUUUAUAUUAUGGAUAAAGUCUUUUAUCAUGUAUGCAACUGUUGAUUAUAAUUAGGUAUUAAAACACUCAUGUGAUACUAUUAACACACUGGGUGAUAAACCUACCUUCUUGUUUUAAUUAUUAUAAAACAGUUGCAUAAAUAACUAUUAAAUAUUCGAAUGCACAAAUGGCAAUAUUUGAUUAUAUGGGACGGUAUCUUAUCUUUAAUCCGUACAAAAGUGCUAUUGUACAUAAGUAGUUUAAGUAAGGCAUAUAAUGCAUUUCAACAUUUUGAUUUAAGCAUGAACAUAAACCUCCUCUGAUAAGGGGUUCCGUUGAGUAUAUGGACAUUUUUGUUGCAAUUUAACGACUGUUUUUAGUUAACGAAUUUAGAAGGCUUGUUAGUUAAUCCGUUAGGAUAUAGUAUGAUGGUUCUUGAUCGAUGUAUUUAUUUGAUUGUAAAGAUGUAAAUAACUAUCGGUAAUAUAUGAAAAUUUUGAACAUUCAA